AUGAAUCAGGUGUUUUUUAUGGAAGAUGAUAUGGAAAAUAAUUCAUUUACACCAACUUGGGAGAAUGGGGCAGAAUCACCAAUAUUGCUUGAGAAUGUUGUUGGCCAAGGAUCAACUAAGUACAAGAUAAAAUUAAAAUAUGGAGGUUACUUUCGGUUAGCUAAGAACUCAUACAAAAAACGUUAUUGUUUUGGCUUUCAAAAAUGUCUUAACAUUGACACUUGCAUAUACGACUUUGAUGAUUUGAAUGAAGAGGUUGCCACUCAUUAUCCUCCGGAUCCGGAGCUAUCCUUUUCAAUUUUUUAUAUCGACAAAUACGCUACUAAGCAAAAAUUUGUGAAGGUUGAUUCGAAUGACAACUUUAAAUUGAUGCUUAGUAUGUACGAAGUUGAGAAAGAAUUAACCAUUUAUGUGACGAUGAAUAAUAAUGUCGAGACAAGCUCGGUGCAAGAAAGGGAAUCGGAUGAUGCUCAUGAUGAAGAAGAUGAGGAGGAUGAAUCAGUAACUUUUAGUACAGAUGAUGAAGUUGGGCAUGCAAGUUCCAAACCGGUAACUGUUAGCAGCAAGUAUGAAACUAUUAAAGUUAACUCCACGUUUGAAAAUGUGGUAGAGUUUAGAAGAGCGUUGUCCCAUUAUGCAAUCAUAAAUGAAUUUGCAUACUUUAGUGAGAAAAGUGAACCUACACGGGUCACAGCAAGGUGUAGUGACUUACAAUGCAAAUGGAGAAUACAUGCUUCUGUUAUGCAAGACGGAAUUUCAUUUGAGGUUAAGAAAUUGGUCGAACCACAUUCUUGUACUAGAAGCAACAAAGGUGCUAAUAAGGUGGCAACACAAGGAUGGGUUGCAAGUGUGCUUAGACAUAAGUUGAAAUGCGAUGGGGAUGUCUUAAUUAAAGAACUCCACAAGUGGGUUAAGAUAAAUUUCAAUGUUGAUCUACCCUAUAUGAAAAUCUUUCGAGGUAAAGAACAAGCUUAUAGUGAUUUGUACGGGAAUUGGGAAGACUCGUUCAUAAAGACGAAUGCUUUUAAAGAGGAACUAUUAAGGCGAAACCCGGGAAGCGUUGUCGAAGUUGACAUUGAGACUAAAGGUAAUAAGAAACUAUUUUUACGCUUUUUUGUUUCACUACUAGCUUGUUGGAAGGGGUUUCUUGUUGGUUGUCGUCCCUAUAUUUCUCUAGAUGCAUGCCAUCUAAAAGGCAAGUUUAAUGGGGUACUAGUCGCUGCUAAUAGUGUUGAUGGUAACAAUUCUAUUUUUCCGGUGGCUUAUGGUGUACUUGAAUCUGAAAACAAGAACUCAUGGAUAUGGUUUCUUGAGUUACUUAAGAAAGCAAUCGGUACGCCUAAUGGACUAGUUAUAUCAUCGGAUAUGCAAAAGGGUCUAGACAUUGCAAUUACACAAGUUUACCCUAAUGUUGAGCAUAGAGAGUGCAUUAGGCACUUAUUUAGUAAUUUCAAGAAGCGUUUUCGUGGUGAUUUAUUCACAAGAAAUUUAUGGCGAGCUGCAAAGACCUAUUGUGUAAACGAGCAUGAUCGACUGUUAAAUGAAAUUGCUGGAGCAAAUAAAGAUGCACUUACUUAUCUUAAUGAGAAUCACAAUAAGAUAUGGAGUCGUUGUAGGUUUGGGGAGACAUCAAAAUGUAACUAUGUUACAAAUAAUAUUUCGGAGUCAUUUAAUGCGUGGAUAGGUGAGGUGCGUUAUAAACCGGUUCUUGAAUUACUUGAUUCCAUUAGAGAGAAGAUUAUGGUACGAUUUGACAAAAAAAGGAGGCUUUCAAAAAAAUGGAAGGGUACCUUAGUACCUAAAACUAAGACUUACCUCGACAAAAUCUCUAAGAAAUUGGGUGCAUAUGAAAUUUGUAGAAGUGGUGAAAAUCGAGCUGAGGUGAAAUACGAGGACAAGCGUUGGGAGGUUUCCCUUGAUGAGAGAAAGUGUACUUGUCGGGUUUGGCAGGUAAAAGGUGUCCCGUGUGUGCAUGCAACAACUUUUAUUAUUUUCACAAGGGAUGUUAACUGGGACAUGUAUGUUGAUCCAUUUUAUACUAUUGAGAAGUUUAAAUUAGCUUAUGCUUUAGAAGUUGCUCCAAUGCCUACAAAGGAUCAAUGGAUGCAUAUAGAUAACGAAGAGAAGAUAUACCCACCUGCAAUCAAACGUCCACCUGGGAGACCAAGAAAGAACAGAAUUAGACCAGGUGACGAGCCUAAAAAACGACAAAAAUGUCCACGAUGUGGUGAGUAUGGACACCGUGAAAAGACAUGCAAAAACUCAGCACCUGAAGAUCCUACUCAACAAGCCUCAACAAGUAAAAGGGGACGAGGAAAAAGUACAAAAAAGACGUGAAAGUAAUUAGUCAAAGAUGAGCGGUUGAUUUCGAAUUUUUGGUAUCGUAUUUAUGUUUUUUGACCGGAAAUUUUUAUGUUUUCA